ACGUCUAGAUCUCAUAUUAAUGACCCCACGAGAUAGUCCACGAAGUCAUCGGGGAUAUCUCAAUCAAAGUGCUCCGCAACAUGGUGCGCAACAGCAGCCUCAUCGCCCUCAAACACGUCACAAACCGGGCACCGAAUAACCCCUGCAUCCAUACUACCUACCCUUUCCACACCAGGAACCACCACCUCAUCAACACCAUCCACAGUCCCAUCAGCACCCCUCCCCCUCCCCUUCUUCCCCCUCUGCCUCCCGCCAUACCCAGAAGUAACAUAUGCAUCCAACCCCACACUUUCCGCCAGCGCCUCACCCUCAUCCCCGUCACCACCCAGAUAACCUCUGCCUCCGCCCCUCCUACCACCUCUCCGCCCACCUCUACCCCCUCCCCAAGAACUUCCCUGCUCCAGGUCCCCUUGCUCAACACCCAAAUUUUCCAUACCACCAAGGUUAGAGUUAGAGCUAAGAUUAGUAUUCAUAGCUUGCACCCUCCCCACUCUCCCAUCCGUCAAGCGGACUUUAAUUCCCCUUGGAUGAUUACCCCGCGUCAAUACCUCACCGACAGUACCGCUGACUGUGCGGCCAGUCGGUUGGUCUUUUUUCAGGACGAUGUGAACGCCUGCGCCUGGGCGGACCUGUUGGGUUGUGGGUGGCAUUGUCUUUUUAUUUAUGUUGGAGAAAGUUAUGGGUGUUGGUGAGUGUUGAUGGAUGAGUUUGUGAUGAUAAGAUUGCGGUUAAAUGAGUGGAGGGUAGGCUUAGCACGUGAUUCAUUCGAUGUGAUUGG